ACGUUCGCCGCGCCGCUCCUCGUCUCCACGCUCUCCGCCCUCCUGCCCUUCCUCCUCCCCGCUCGCCCCUCCUCCCGCGCGUCCCCCAAGGAUCCUCCGCACAUGCUCCCACCCCCGGUCGAGCCCCGCCCUUCCCUCUCAGCAGCACGCGCAGCAGCACGCACAUCAGCGCGAGCAGCGGCGGCAGCAGCAGUAGCGGCAUCGCCAGAAGGGGCUGAAUCAUCGGCAGGGGCUUCAUCAGUGUCAGACUAUUCCCUCGAUGGCUCACCUGCUGCGUCUGACACGGCAUCAUCAGCAUCCCCUCCCUCCUCUCGCCCUUCCACUCCUCCACCCCGUGCUGCUGUCCUGCCCGCACUCCCCUCUCCGCCCUCUCCCGAGCUCUCUCCUGCCGACCAAGUUUUGAUUCAAGACGUGCGAUCGGCGCUCGAAGAUGCUGACGUGGACACGCAGGAUUGGCUGACGGACGACACAGUGCUGCGCUAUGCAGUGCCAGGCAAGCGCCACGUGGCAACAAUGGUGAACCGCAUCCGCGCCACUGCCACGUGGCGCCGCUCCUUCCGCCUCCUCGCGCCCGCCGAGGUGCUCUGCUCGCCCUGGCGCCCCUUCGGCUACUGGCACGGCGCGGACGUGGACGGCAGGCCUUGUCUUGUUCUGCAUGUGGGGCGGGCGGCUAAGGCCAUUCCGUCUGCCUCGCAUGCUGACUUUGUCUGCUAUCUCGCGUCCCUAGUGAGUGCGGUAACAGCAGCGCUCACCCUCUCAUGCCCUGACAGUGGGCGCAUUGCAGUCAUCCUGGACUGCCAGGGCGCGCCCGCCUUGUGGCGCCUGCCCGUGGGGAUGCUGCGCGCCACCAUCACCGCUCUGCACCGCAACUUCCCGCACCGCAUGGCCCGCCUGCACGUGCUGCACCUGCCGGCCUCGCUGCGCCUCCUGGCCCGCGCCAUGCUGCAGGUGGGGGAUGGGGGUGUUGGAGGUGGGGGAUGGGGGUGGUGGAGGUGGGGGAUGGGGGUGGUGGAGGUGGGGGAUGGGGGUGGUGGAGGUGGGGGAUGGGGGUGGUGGAGGUGGGGGAUGGGGGUGGUGGAGGUGGGGGAUGGGGGUGGUGGAGGUGGGGGAUGGGGGUGGUGGAGGUGGGGGAUGGGGGUGUUGGAGGUGGGGGAUGGGGGUGUUGGAGGUGGGGGAUGGGGGUGUUGGAGGUGGGGGAUGGGGGUGGUGGAGGUGGGGGAUGGGGGUGGUGGAGGUGGGGGAUGGGGGUGUUGGAGGUGGGGGAUGGGGGUGUUGGAGAUGGGGGAUGGGGGUGUUGGAGGUGGGGGAUGGGGGUGUUGGAGGUGGGGGAUGGGGGUGUUGGAGGUGGGGAGGGGGGAUGACGUAGCUAGGCUGGCAGGCGGCUGCAUAUGCGCAGUGUGCUGCGAGGAAGAAGCAGAGGGAGAGGCAGAGGGGAGAGGAGGGCCCUGGGCGGAGCAGAGGCAUGGGGAGAGCGGGGGAGAGGCGGGUGCUGCAGCACAGGCAGGAACGGCAGCAGAGGCAGCCAGAGGCGCAUCGUUAUCAGGUCCUUCUGACUCGCUUCCACUGGAGCACCCUUGUAACGGCAUGAUCGAUCCCGCCACCUGCCUAUCUUCACCCGUGCUACCCUCCACCCCUCAGCAACACUCGCCCCAGCAGACACCACCCAGGCAUGCAUCCCCCCAGCUGUCGUCCCCUAUGCGUGCCCGUCGCCGCUCCCCCCUUGUCUGUGCUCUACGCUCAGACAGAGGGCGGGUGGUGUCGCAUGGGGUGGAGUGGGCAGAGAGAAGGUGGUUGAGCCGGCACGUGGUGUGGAGGAUGCUGCUGCUGCUGCUCAUGGCCCUCACUCUCACCGCCCUCUGCCUCUGCUCUGCUGCUGCCAUGGCUAGCUACUCUUACUAA